AUGGCGACUCUGAAGCCGUCAUUUACUGUUUCUCCGCCGCCGAAUAUUAAUCCGAUUGGAUUUGGAUGUUUUUUGCCGCAAUGUUUGGUCCGUCUCCCGAAACCGCUUUGUUUCCGGGGGCGAGUCAUCUCUACUACAAGUAUUGUAUUCCCCAAGUUUCGGCGGACGAUUGGCGGCGGCGGCGGUUUGAUUCGAUGUGAACUUCCGGAUUUUCAUCUCUCGGCUACAGCGAGUACUGUUGAAGGUGUAUCCACGGAGAAUUCUUUGGAUCAAGUUCAGAUUCCUAAAGGGGAAAUGUGGAGUGUUCACAAGUUUGGUGGGACUUGUGUGGGAAAUUCGCAGAGGAUAAGGAAUGUUGCAGAGGUUAUAAUCAAUGAUAAUUCGGAAAGGAAACUUGUGGUUGUUUCUGCUAUGUCGAAGGUGACAGAUAUGAUGUAUGACUUACUUCGCAAGGCACAAUCACGAGAUGAUUCUUAUUUAUCUGCGUUGGAAGCUGUCCUUGAAAAGCACAGAUUGACAGCUCGUGACCUUCUCGAUGGAGAUGAUCUUGCUAGUUUCUUGUCACAUUUGCAUAAUGAUAUUAGUAAUCUUAAAGCAAUGCUUCGUGCGAUGUACAUAGCCGGGCAUGCAUCAGAGUCAUUUUCAGAUUUCGUUGCAGGACAUGGGGAACUUUGGUCUGCGCAGAUGCUAUCAUAUGUAGUUAGAAAGACUGGGCUUGAGUGCAAGUGGAUGGAUACUAGAGAUGUGCUCAUUGUAAAUCCAACCAGCUCUAAUCAGGUCGAUCCCGAUUUUGGUGAAUCGGAGAAGAGACUCGAAAAGUGGUUCUCCCGAAAUCUGUCGAAAAUAAUUAUUGCCACUGGGUUCAUUGCUAGCACUCCACAAAACAUUCCUACAACUUUAAAAAGGGAUGGGAGUGAUUUUUCUGCGGCUAUUAUGGGUGCUCUAUUGAGGGCUCGUAAAGUAACAAUUUGGACUGAUGUUGAUGGUGUAUACAGUGCGGAUCCUCGUAAAGUUAAUGAGGCAGUAAUACUCAAGACACUUUCUUAUCAAGAGGCAUGGGAAAUGUCUUAUUUUGGAGCAAAUGUUUUACAUCCUCGCACCAUCAUUCCUGUGAUGCGGUAUAAUAUUCCGAUUGUGAUAAGAAAUAUUUUCAAUCUCUCUGCGCCGGGAACAAUAAUCUGUCAACCUCCUGAAGAUGAUUGUGACCUUAUACUGACAACUCCUGUCAAAGGGUUUGCAAUCAUUGACAAUUUGGCGCUCAUAAAUGUUGAAGGUACUGGAAUGGCUGGUGUACCUGGUACAGCAAGUGACAUUUUUGGCGCCGUAAAAGAUGUUGGAGCUAAUGUGAUUAUGAUAUCACAGGCUAGCAGUGAGCAUUCUGUGUGCUUUGCUGUACCUGAGAAGGAAGUAAACGCUGUUUCCGAGGCACUGCGAUCGAGAUUUAGUGAAGCUUUACAAGCUGGACGUCUUUCCCAGAUUGAGGUGAUACCAAAUUGUAGCAUCUUAGCUGCAGUCGGCCAGAAAAUGGCUAGUACACCUGGAGUUAGUUGUACACUUUUCAGUGCCCUUGCAAAGGCUAAUAUUAAUGUCCGUGCUAUAUCUCAAGGUUGUUCAGAGUACAAUGUUACUGUCGUCAUUAAACGGGAAGAUAGCGUAAAGGCAUUGAGAGCUGUGCACUCAAGGUUUUUCCUAUCAAGAACGACACUAGCAAUGGGAAUCAUAGGACCAGGUUUGAUUGGUGCUACAUUACUUGAUCAGUUGAGGGACCAGGCUGGUGUUCUCAAACAAGAAUUUAACAUUGAUCUGCGUGUUUUGGGAAUCACUGGAUCAAAAACUAUGCUCUUAAGUGACAUUGGUAUUGACUUGUCGAGAUGGAGAGAACUUCUAAGCGAGAAGGGAACUGAGGCCAAUAUGGAUAAAUUCACUCAACAAGUACAUGGAAAUCAUUUUAUCCCCAACACUGUGUUGGUUGAUUGUACAGCAGACUCUGCUAUUGCGAGCAAUUACUAUGAUUGGUUACGGAAAGGAAUCCACGUCAUUACCCCAAAUAAAAAGGCUAACUCUGGUCCCCUUGAUCAGUACUUGAAACUGAGAGAUCUUCAAAGGAAAUCCUACACUCAUUACUUCUAUGAAGCCACCGUUGGAGCUGGUCUUCCAAUCAUCAGCACUUUACGUGGUCUCCUUGAGACAGGAGACAAGAUAUUACGCAUAGAGGGCAUUUGCAGUGGAACUUUGAGUUAUCUUUUCAACAACUUUGUUGGAGAUCGAAGUUUCAGCGAGGUUGUCGCUGAAGCUAAGAAAGCAGGUUUCACUGAGCCUGAUCCAAGAGAUGAUUUAUCCGGAACUGAUGUUGCAAGGAAGGUGAUAAUCCUCGCUCGAGAAUCUGGACUCAGAUUGGACCUCGCUGAUCUCCCUGUUAGAAGUCUCGUCCCAGAACCUCUAAAAGGAUGCGCUUCCGCUGAAGAAUUCAUGGCGAAACUCCCACAGUACGACGAAGACCUAGCAAAAGAAAGGCUAGAAGCUGAAAAUUCCGGAGAAGUCCUGAGAUAUGUUGGAGUAGUGGACGCAGUAAACGAAAAGGGAACAGUCGAGCUUCGAAGAUACAAGAAAGACCAUCCGUUUGCGCAGCUAGCUGGUUCGGACAACAUAAUAGCAUUCACAACUACAAGAUACAAGGAUCAUCCGCUUAUCGUCCGAGGACCUGGAGCUGGUGCUCAAGUCACAGCCGGUGGUAUAUUCAGUGACAUACUAAGACUGGCAUCCUAUCUCGGCGCACCGUCUUAG